AAAGAAGAUGAUGAAAGUGAGACCCAACCAUGAGUGAAGUGUAUAUAAGGGCCCGUUCGGUUUUCCCGGAAUGGCCCAUUCCGGCUGGAUCCGUCCGGCCUGGAUUGAAAACGGUCCUAGCUUGAAACUGUUGUUCGGUUUGGACCGGCCCGGAAGGAAAAGAGGCCUGGAACGGCCAUUCCUCCCCUCCCAUAGCCCGGAUCAAAGCCUCCUCUCUCACCCUCCGGAUCCCAUCCUGGAGCUCUCGCGCGCGACGGUUGGGGGCGGGGCGUCGGCGCAGCGCGGCGCAAGGGGAGGCGACGGCGACCGCUCCCAUCCAUCGUCCACCCUCUCCGUCGCCUUCUCGCCGGUAACGCAUCAUCCUCGUCUUUCUUGCCCUCUUCUCUCCCCAUCGCGAUUCGAUUCGAUUCAAGCAAAGGCAAGCCAAGCGAAGCAGAGCAGGAGAGCAGGAGAGCAAGCCGGCGCCGAUGUGCACGCGCGCCGCGACCGUCGAUGGUCUUGUAGCUGUUCACCAGGAGCUCCUCGUUCAGGCGGAUGGUCAUGUCGGCGGCGAACACGAUCCAGAGGGGCACCUCCUGGAUGGCGGCGUGGCGGCGUGGCGGAGCGUGCCCGGGAUGGGGUUCAUGGGGUCGCGGUCGGAGGAGUCCGUCACCACGUACAGCGGCACCAAGGACUCGAAAGACUCCGUACCUGUGGAAGUCGGCAACGACGGCGGCGGGGUCGGGGACCGAGGAGUUGAGCAGGGGGAGUGCCGAGGUAGUGGCGGCGGCGAGCAGUAGGAGGGGAAGAGGGUAAUGCCGGUGGAUUUGGGGGCUCCAGCCAUGGCUUCUUGGCGGAUUAGAUGGGCCAGAGCCAAGAUGCAGCGGAUUUUAUAGCAAUGCAGGACAGUGGCAGCGGAGUGAGGGUAGUGGGGGCAUGGAUUCAGACCCUAGGGUGACGGCUCCUGAGGUUUGCAGCUUAGGAUUGGGGGCGCCAAUGGCAAUGGGGGGAGUUGCUGUGGGGCAGUGUGAAUGGGGAAGGGGGUGAGCGGGCUGCGGGGCGGAGCAGAGGCGGGGGAGACCGGGAGAGGAAGGGGUGAAGAGAGAGGAGGAGAGGGAGGUGAUUUGGAAUCACCUGGGGGAGAUUGCUUCCUUGCUUGUUAAAGAUACGAGAGGAUCUCCUCUAGGUUCUUGAAAAAUCAGGCCACUAAAACUAACCCCUGCGCUGCUCCGUUUGCCGGUGCCCGUGUGCACGCUCGUGCACAGCCCUGUGUAGGCAAAUUGGCACGAUGCUGUUCAGCUUCACCCCAAGAAUAGCAGUUACCACCGCCGUCCACUGCUGUCCACUUGACUGGCUCACGGGCCAUCGCCAAUGGAUCGUUUGGCAUCAUCCGAUCCAUUGACGCUGCUGGCUGCUGUUAUCUGCUCCGUUCAGAGUUCAGACUGACAGUCUGAGAAAUACGCUGACUUUCUCGUGCUUGGGGAAAUCUGGUUUGCAGCGUCCAUAGUGUUACGAGUAGGUUAAGUAUGCUUGCCGCCGUAAUCAUCCCAGGAUCAGGACUACCACAUCCCGCAAGAGACCCCCCGGUUCCGUGCAAGCAGGGAUUCCUCAGAGGAUAUAAAACAAAUCAGAAGUGACUGCAAUACGUAUGUUUCCUUUGCAAAAAUUUCUAUUAUCCACUGCCACUCCCGCAAGUGUAAGUGGGUGGAGUGGGAGGGCCGAACAUAGGGGUUGAAAAACUCUUUUUUAGCUAAAAACCUGUUGUACAAAAAGAUUAUAUUGACUAUGUCUAUAGCAUGACCAAUUAGAUCUUUGUAAUCACACAAAAACUAAGUGAAAGUUUUAUAGAGCUUUGCCGUAAGCUGGGGACUUAUAGGGUACUGCUCCUUGUCGCUGUUUUCACUUGGGAAAUACCAGUUCGAGUUGUCUGUUCUAUAAGUGAUACUAUUUCUUUCUUAUGUGCUGUCACUUGAGUUAUCACCUACCUGCUGAAGUCUCUUUCUUGAUACUUUUUAUUGUUACUUGUAGAUCCCUCCGGCACCGGUCCGUGUUGGAGAAGGUGAAGCUCCCCCUUCUUGGGAUCCGGUACAAACUCCAAAAUGUACUCCAUCUUUUACAUGGUUUAGUUCUACAAUGAGUAUGUGACAUAAUAAAUUUACAUGCUUUAGUUCUACAAUGACUAUCUCAUUGCGAGAUCGCGUUAGAAAGAGGAGGGAGGAUGAAGAUGAUGACAUGAUGCUGUUUCUUUUCCCUGCCUUAUAUCUCAUGGGUUCUACUAGAGGUGGGGGAGAAAAAAAAAACGUCAUACAUCAGAAGAGACAGGCGAGAUUAAGGUUCGUCGACUCCUCGAGGGACAUGUCAAGAACUGCCAAGUUACAUUUAGGAUGGAACCCCACAUCUUCAGAGAGGUGGCGACUUAUCUUAGAAGGAGAAGGCUUGUCGUUGAUACAAGGAUCACGGUGAAGGAGAAGUUGGGUUUUUUCUUAUACAUGCUAAGUCACAGCGCCUCAUAUGAGGAUCUCCAAGUAUUCUUUGGGCACAACAACGACUCCUUCCACCAUCACAUCAACCACUUCUUUAAGGUGGUCAUUCCCACACUUGCUCGCCGUUUCCUUCAGCCUCCUGAUCCUUAUCAAGUGCAGCCAAAAAUCCAUGACAAUCCUAGAUUCUAUCCUUUCUUCAAGAAUUGUCUCGGUGCCAUUGAUGGAACUCACAUUCCUAUUUCCAUAUCUCCUGAGAAACAUUCUCCUUUUAGAAAUCAGAAGGGAACACUAACCAUAAACGUGAUGGUGGCAUGUGAUUUUGAUCUCAACAUCACUUUUGUUUCUAGUGGAUGGGAGGGAUCGGCUACAGAUUCCACGGUGCUAAGGUUAGCUAUGAGCAAGGGCUUCCAGGUACCUCCAGAAAAAUUCUAUCUGGUUGAUGGAGGGUAUGCAAAUACUACAUCUUUCCUUGCUCCAUACCGAGGAGUUCGGUACCAUUUGAAAGAAUUUGGGGCUGGACAUCGAAGACCACGGAACCCAAAGGAGCUUUUCAACCACCGCCACGCACUACUUAGGAACCAUGUAGAGAGGGCUUUGGGGGUGCUUAAGAAGCGCUUCCCCAUUUUCAAAGUUGCCACAUUCCACAUGUUGGAAAAUCAAGUAAAGAUACCUAUAGCUGCUGCCAUCUUCCACAAUCUAAUCGAUUACUUCAUGGAGAUGAGGAAUGGUUAGAUCAUCAGUCGGAUAAUAUCGACCCAUCAAACUUUGUUGCUCUACCAAAUGGUGAUCAAAUCAGUGACCCAGGAACUGCACAAGGCAAUGCUUUAAGAGAUACCAUCGCCCAAGAAAUGUGGGCUCAGUACCAGCAACAUUUAAAUUAGUCUUUGAAUAAGUUGUAAUAAGUUAAUAGUCUUGUAUCAUGUAAAUUAGUCUUUUUAAUAAGUUGUUGAAUAAGCUUUUUCUUUACAAAGCUAUGGUUGGAAAAGGCUCCCCAAGGUUCAAUAUGAGCAGAUCACCAAAGCUGCAUAGGUACAUGCCUACAACAAGUGCCAGUAAAAAGAAGCCUUCUCCUAAAUGCAGUGGGGCAAAAAAGAAUGGAGGUUCUCCAAGAGGUAUGGUGUUUAAUGUUUCUUCAUGCUUUCUUGUAAGUUUUCUAUUAUUGAUGCUAUGAAAUUUUUAUUAUUGAUGCCUGACUAUUGUUUUAUGUAGUGAAACAAAGAGCGGAUUGGAAUCCAGCCCUAGAGAGGUCCCUUGUUGACAUUCUCCAUGAGUAUAAAGAUAGUGGCUAUAGAGGUGACAAUGGAUGGAACUCUGAGGGUGGAAUAAGAUGGUCAAGGAUUUCCAUUUGAGGAACAAGUAUGUUUUCUACAUAAAGGCUCAGAUUCAGGAGAAAGAAGGUCAGUUGAAGAGAGACUACAAGAUGCUCAAAGUGGCAAAGCAACAGAGCGGGUCGAGCUGGAACGAGAAAAGGAAUAUGGUUGAAGGACCACCAGCUAUGUGGACAAAUCUCAUGGUGAUAUUCCCUAAAAUUAAGAAGUUUAACAACAACAAGGCAACCUUUCCACUCUUUGAUGCUUUGGGAGAGCUUUAUGAUGGGCACUUGGCUGAAGGGAUUUACAAUGUCACUUCUCUUGAGACACCGCAAGAGGAAGAACCCCCUGAGCAACUUCAGCAUCCUGAAGAUGAGCCACAAGGCUUUGAUGACAAUGUGGUUUAUGAGGUAAAUGAUGAAGGUGGUGAUGGCACUGAAAGGAAUGAAGAGGGGCUUCAAGAAAUGGCUGAUACUCUAUCACGAGAUAAAAAAGAUGAUGCUCCAGCUAUUGAAAGAAGUGGACAACAAAGACCUGCUGCAUCAAGAAACAAACAAGAAAAGGAAUUAAAGAGACCUAGGAAGAAUGAAAACAUAGUAGGCAUGAUGGGGGCAUACCUAAAAAUGAGGACCAAGCAAGCAGAAGCUGAAGCUGCAGAUCGUGCAAAAGAAAUGGAGGAAAGAGAAAGGGAGACAAGAGAAAGGGAGGCAAGAGAAAAGGAUGCAGCUCAAGCUUCUGAUUUCUCGAUCAGAAGGUGCAUCUCAGUUCUGAACACAAUGAAAGUGACGAAAGAAGAAAAGGCAAAAGCAUAUGCAAUCUUCAUCAAGAGCAAAGAAAAUAGAGAGGCUUUCAUAUGUGCUUGUGAAGUAGAUCAAGAAUCGGCCUUGAUUUGGCUCAGAAGUGAGAUGGCUUAGCAGGUAUGUAUGAUAUUGCAGCCCAAACCCUGAAACACUACAUUGACUAGCCACCAUUGUUCUUGUAAGUCAGAAUUGAUUGCUGGCACAAGCAAAUGUGAAAUGUGGUUGAUUACUAUUCUGUUACAAUUCUGCCUAGAAGUGUAUAUAUUGCAGAUUUGUUGAUUUGGUUGACCUAGGAUCUCUUGAACUGUGUGGACCUAAUUUAGUUCAGUUCUUUGUGGGACCUAGUUUAAAUGAUGAUACAUUUCUAGAAGCCAUAGGUUUGCAACAUUGUUUGCCUGUAAAAGAUUAUGAAGUUGUGUGCAGACUAGGCACCAAGGUUGGUGUGUUUAGUGUUAUGUGCAGAAAAAUGUAUACCUUAGAUUUUGCUUGUAUGCAGAGCAAAGCAGGAGAGAUGAGUUAGAAUCUUUCGGUUAUGUCCUUAUGUACUUCCUUAGGGGCAGGUUAGUUUGUGCCAUCCAACUUUUCAUCCGGCUAUUGUAAUGGUUCCACCUCAUAAGUUUCUGUAAAUAAUAUCAUUGAUCUUUUGGCCUUUGAACAGACUACCAUGGCAGGGGCUGAAAGAAGGAACCAAGAAGCAGAAAUAUGACAAAAUCAGUGAGGAAAAAAAUGCUUACUCCGGUGGAGGUAGAUCAUGGAUUAAACUUUAUUGAUUCUUUAUUUAUGUGAACUACAAUAAACAUACAUUUUUAUAUUGUUUUUUAUGGAUUAGGUACUCUGCAAAUCGUACCCAUCAGAGUUUAUCUCCUACUUUCACUACUGUCGUUCGUUGCGGUUUACACAAGCCUGAUUAUUCUUACCUGAAAACCUGAUUAUUCUUACCUGAAAAGACUAUUCUGCGAUCUCUUCAUUCGGGAAGGUAUGAUUUUUGAAACAAUAGUUUCCCUUGUAAUGUUCUUACUAAUGCAGGAUACCAGUUCGAUUAUGUGUUUGACUGGACCAUUUGAAAUAUCCCCCAUUUUCUGUAUAUUUGAAUUUUUCUUUGGAGUUGACAUGUCACUGUAAGUUCUAGAUGAUUUCAGAUUUAUGUUCUGUUAUUAUUUCAGGAAGUGUGCAAUGCUUGAGUUUGUAUACUGCGCCUUCUCGUCUUUGGCUUCGUAGAAGAAAUGUCUUGUGGUUUAUUUUAACGUACAAAUGAGAGGAUGAUGCGUACAUGUAACAUGUGGUUCAAAUUUUAUUUCUAUCAGUGUAGUUUGGAUGUAAUUAGAAACUUUUAAUGGAUGAGUGGAAACAAUUUGAUGCUCAUUUGGUGUCAGGACCGAACAUUUGUUGGAGCCAUGAUUGGUCCCCUUUUUACAGCUGACUUCAGUUGUUUUGUUUGUUUUUCUAUUGCUAUUCGUUAUGGGAAUCAUGCAGAUUUUACAGAUUGAAAUUUGUGUAUGGCUGAAGAUAUUUUGGACUAAAAUGACGGGAUCCAAUCCUUUGCUGCCGAACGCAUGAUAAUUACUUGCCUAGAAUCAUUCCUGCUGGAUUAAUUCCACGCCGGGAAUGAGUGAAAGGCCCGGAUCCACUGAUUCCUGGCCUGGAACCCUUCCUAGCCUGAUUCCAAUCCUUCGCUGCCGAGGCCUAAA